GCCGGUGAAAACCUCUCUCCAAACUUUCCCUCACUCUCUAACGAAUCUUAUUAUAUUCAUUACUUUCAAUUCUUUAUAUAAUAUCUAAAUAAAUAUACUUAUAUAAAUACAUGUAUGUAUGGUGCUGUUGCUCUUCAGCUUUCUUCUUGUUCCUACAUACCCAUCUUCCCUCACCUACAUCAAACCUAGGGUUUCUUAACUAUAUCAACAACAUAUAUAAAUUUAUAUAUAGGUUGUGAUUUAUUGAAGAUCAUAAAGAUCAAAAGGAGAGAGGUAUUAAAAAAUGAUGUGUAGUCGAGGCCAUUGGAGACCUGCAGAAGACGAGAAGCUAAGAGAACUCGUCGAACAAUUUGGUCCUCAUAAUUGGAACGCCAUAGCUCAGAAGCUCUCUGGUCGAUCUGGUAAGAGUUGUAGAUUGAGAUGGUUUAAUCAAUUGGAUCCUAGGAUUAACCGAAACCCUUUCACGGAGGAAGAAGAAGAAAGGCUUUUAGCGUCUCAUCGGAUCCAUGGGAACAGAUGGUCUGUGAUCGCUAGAUUUUUUCCCGGUCGAACUGAUAACGCUGUUAAAAACCAUUGGCACGUCAUCAUGGCUCGUCGUGGCCGAGAACGGUCCAAGCUCCGUCCACGAGGCCUUGGCCAUGAUGGCACGGUGGCUGCGACUGGGAUGAUUGGUAAUUAUAAAGACUGCGAUAAGGAGAGAAGAUUGGCAACCACAACCGCUAUCAAUUUUCCUUAUCAAUUCUCUCAUAUUAAUCAUUUUCAAGUCCUCAAAGAGUUCUUGACCGGAAAGAUCGGGUUCAGAAAUAGUACUACUCCAAUACAAGAAGGAGCAAUAGACCAAACUAAACGACCGAUGGAGUUCUACAAUUUUCUUCAAGUAAACACGGAUUCGAAGAUACACGAAUUGAUAGAUAAUUCAAGAAAAGACGAAGAAGAAGAUGUCGAUCAAAACAACCGAAUUCCUAACGAGAAUUGUGUUCCAUUUUUCGACUUUUUGUCUGUUGGAAACUCUGCCUCUCAGGGUUUAUGUUAAUUUGUCCGUACCACAUGUACUAUAAGGUGGACCAUAUGUUAAUUAAAGAUAAUGUAGAAAGUACUAAUCAAUUAGAGCUCUUGUUUGAGCCAAAUGUGAAAAUUAGUUAAGCCAUCCCAAACAUGUUCUUGUAUAACAAAUAUAAGGUUGUACUUUUCCACCUUUAUCAGGUCUAAUUUUCUAUUUUUAUUUUAAGGAUGUUUAAUCAGACUCAUCACCAUUCGGU